AUGGCUACGAUAGAUAGGUUUCUUCUUGAGUUGCAUGGUUCUGUGGCAGAGACAUUACCAACAGAGCCCUUCGGCGAGGCACUUCAGUGGGGGUUUUGCUUAGUACAUGGACCAGUCAAUGCCAACUGCUCUUUGCAGCCUAGGUUUUUGAGGAAACCAAGUCGCCGCCGGAAGGACCCCUCCAACUUGAAGCUGGAGUGCAAUCUUGGCAGCCGCCCGCAGGCGGAGUCUGAUGCCGAAUCUCUGGACACAGGUGAUGACAUUAAUGAUGUUGCUGUCGUGCUGCCGCCCGAGCAGAUGCAAGAGGAUGAAUCUCUUGUUCAAGAGAUGGAGAUGGAUCGUCUUCUUUGGACCAAGUACUCGCUUUUCCUUGCCCGGUACAAUGAGAAAUGGUCCUCUCGCUUGAAAUUUCGUGAUGCAAGUGAGUUUCCUGAGUGCGAUGAUUGCUACAGAUUAAAGGACCUGGUCAAGAAAAUGACGUAUGUUGCUGAGUACAAGCGGCACAUCGAAUCAGUGCAGCAAGAUCGGAAUUUGGAGCAACUGCUUCAAGCGGAAUGCCUGGGAACAUCACCUCGUGCCAUUCUGUUUGUUCAAACAGAUGGAAUGGACCAGGCGAAAUGGUCCAUCCCAAGGCUGGGAGACAAGCAGCCGAAGAAAACAAGCAGCGUGGUGAGGAAGUUGCAGCAGAUCUUGCAGGACCUCAACAUCAGGACUUGGGUUGGGCAGGAUGCUGUAAUCUCUGCUGAGAUCUUGAACACGGUUCGGGAUUGGAAGGGAUGGUUUGCCAAGCUCCGUGUGGAUUUAGCAGGUGGUCUUCUGGAUACAUCAGAUGGCCUACACUCGUUCAUUUUUAUGCGGAGAAGAGGCAACACCCAACUGGAGAUGUGGCCAGAAGUGUUCGUUACUUGCUUCGGGCCAAACUUCGCAACCCGAGAUGACCACGAUUUCAGGAACGGGCACCUCGAUGUGGGAGCGGCCGUGCGAGCUGUUCUUCGCAAGCCGGUGACGAAGGAUCUGUCUACAAAGCCGCAGAAGAAGCUCAAAGAGGUUUCUUUGUGUACAAGUCCGUCUUCCGUGACGGAUCAGUUCAACUGGGCUAGCAGGUUUAUCGAUGCGGCGAUGAAAGCUUGGGGACGUGAUGUGGUCCUCAGACGCCUCCAGGACAUGGUGAAGGAGCACGCAAAGAUCGUGCUGAAGAGGUGGCGGAAACCUCAAUCCGCCUCCUUGGACCUCCGCUCGGCUGUGGACUUUGACAAGCGAGACCUGGUGAUUUUCGAGAACACCCCCACCUACGACGUGCAGCUGCUUCGCAAUGAGCUGGGUCAUGGUCUCAGUGACUUCUUCUAUGACCCAACGAACGCCCCACGUAUGACCGCCACCGACAUGAAAACUGCCCACUCGUACAAGCGCUGCUUCAAGGACUCCAAGCAGGUCUACGAUUUGAGUCAGCGAAGGCCAGAGUUCUUUCGAACGGAGCUCAAGGCCAAGCUCGCCAAGAGCCCGCAGGUGCCCUUGACCGACAUGCCGUACACCUCCAUGUCAACCUAUGACCUGGACAUGGACGAGCACCCGUGCCAGCUCAUCCAGAAGUAUGUUGGUGGGGAUCAAGAGACUUUUGAGAACUUUGGGGCCAUGAAACUGAACGAGUUUCGCUUCCCCACGACAGACGGCAAGGUGGACAUGCCUUUGUUUGCUGUGAAGUACAGCAAGCCCACCGAGGGGUGGCCGCCAAAGGUCAACAUGGAUAAGUUUGCAGAAUCGAUCUUUCAUGGGUUUGAGAAGGAUCGAGAGCCACUCGAGAUUCAGCUGACCCCCGGCCUGCAACCUGGUGAGCCUCUUUACCAAGGAUCAGUGGCCCUGACGAAAGGAUUCUGCCGCUGCUCCAUCAUCCUCUACGGUAUCGUGCAGACGAUCAUGAAGGAGGCAUCCCUCAGGGAGAAAAAGAACCUCCUACAGACGGCAUUGAAGUUCCAGGAACGUGCCGUGUCGCUCAUGGAUGACAACCCCGGAUGGAGCCUCGAGCACGCUCUGAAUGAGUCCAUCGCCGAAUACAACAAUUACGGCCUCGCGGCACAGAGUGCUCAGUACCGGCUUGCGGAGCGAGAGGGCUUUGCUUUGAAGGCCCUGAUCUUCGGAGUCUCCGCAGGCUCGCAGCAGAUGAUGUCCCGCCACUUGCAAGCAAACACUUGGGCAAACUCAGCCUUUUCGGUGGAGACUAUCCGAAACCAGAGAUGGCUAAUCGGGUCAACCGGCCGAUCCUCGAACCCUUGGUGGCAAGCAGUGGAGACCGUUUCUGCUGCGAAGCAAGAACUUUUCAUGGAACGAGUGCUGUUUACUUUCUCUGUUCGGAAGAAGCAAUGCAAAAACGCAAGCACAGCCCGGCUUAAUGGCGAAAGUUGGGAGCAGAUGCUGGAAGCCUCCUGCCUGCUCUUCCAGUUGCUGGAGGACAUGCAGGCUGCGAAGCAUGCCAGCGGCGAGGCGGUCUUCCGACCCGAGGACCUCGUGAAAGCGAGACGCCGCGGUGUUGAGGGGGACUACAAUGCCGAGCUGCUCAACCUCAUCACCGCGAAGCUCGCCGUGCUUCCGACUGACACAUCCCUAUGGAAGGAUCACCUGCCGCCUCUUGACAGCCACGGCGGCAGCAGCAAGGGAGCCUCGGCCAUUGAGGCAUUGGACUUGGAAUGUGUUCAAAAGGCAUUUUCUGCGGACUUGCUGAAGCUGAGCGAGGAUCAGUCACUGUUCUCGGAUUACCAACAGAAGUUGGGGGCAGGGCAAAGGCAGAAGGCUUUGGCGAGGGUUUUGCGCUUGAAGUCCGAGAACCGCAGAGGGUCCCAACUGGUCGUUGACUGGAUGGAGAGAAACUGCAAGCAUGCUGCCUCCUCCUACGCCGAGCAGCAUGUCAACAUCAUCGAGUUCAUCAAAGAGUACACCCCGGCGGCCACGAUCGUCUGGGCCGACUUCACCAAGUGUGGUACUGUGCAACAGGACACACUCGACGAGGUGACCGAAGAGAUUCGUCGUAUCUGCGCCGCCUACCCGAACAAGUCUUGUGCAGUAGUCAUUGCACCUGCAAUGACGAGUGCGAGAGUGGUGGCAGGCAAACGAGGUGAGAUGAGGCGGAUGGAAGACAAGCUGGAUGCGAAAUGCCUGACUUCCCUUCGGUUUGCGAUACGCAUGGAUGGCACUGGGCACGGGAACCGCCGGCUUCCGCUCCUCUUCCCUGCGCUUUUUGCAUGCAGUGAUGCUGCAACGAAGAACGUCUUUGGUAACAGCAAGAUGCUUGUGUGCACUUCUCAGGAGAUCACAUGGCUUCCGGUUCGGGAAUACAAAGUCCCUCGUGCACGAAACACCACACCAUGUACGACGGAAAACAUGGAAAGGAGCCUCAGCGAUGUCCAGAUGGCAGCCCAAUACCUCGGAGGUGUUGCGAUGCCGCGGGAGGACUGGAAGUCUGGCAACCAUCCCAUGGGCAACGUCGAUGCAUACGCCCCCGACCAGCUUCCAGAUCCGGACGCCGGCAUCCCGCAAGUGCCGACACUCCAUGUUUGCCAGGUGGUUUCGCUAGAGGAUGGAUCCAAGACUUUGGCAAUCAGCACAGAGUUUCGUCAGAAGUGGUCUGAUGACCCAGCACGAAAAGAUGAGUGGACCCAAGAGAUGAAGGCCUUCGAUUCCAGGUUCGGAGCCCAUACGAUUGGCGAGCAGCCGAAGCCACCUCCGGCACCCACCAGCACCAGCGAGGAUGCAGAAGCGGCUGGCGAGUGGGCAGAUGAGCCGACCUCGGCAACCGAAUUGGACCGCCGGUAUGAGAUCCUCGUGACUUGUCCAGGACGGCUGGCUUCGACGCAGCUACGUGUCUGCAAAGCAGUGGAGACGGAUCAGACUGCGGCCAAGAAUGUCAUGCCUGAGCAGCUUUACAAGCUGUUCAUCGUGGAUGUGGCCCUGGAAAACAACAUCACCAUCGACACCGAGCAGUUUGUCAUUGCACACGACAGAGCUACGUUCAUGAAUGCCAACCGGGUGCAGAAGCUGCUGGAGGGUGGAGGACCGCACCAGCUGCCUUAG